ACUUUAAUUAGCCUAUACUUGAUCAAUAGUUAAGAGAUCAAUCGAUGGCUACUCCUAAAGUUAUGAUUUUCUUAGCUCUUCUUCUUCCUCUUGUUGCCUCGAAUCCUGCUGAUGGCCCAUCCGGCCUAUCGGUGGGGUACUAUGGGUAUUCAUGUCCUCAAGCCGAGUCCAUAGCAUUGAAUGUCAUCAAAGAAUCCCUUGCUGUUGAUCCUACUCUUGCUGGCCCCUUGUUGAGAAUGUUCUUUCAUGAUUGUUUUGUUAGGGGUUGUGAUGCUUCAAUCCUACUCGAUUCUCCUACAAAACAAGGCGAGAAAGAAGCAAUUCCAAAUCUAACUCUUAGAGGAUAUGAAGUCAUAGAUAAAGUCAAGAUUGCAUUGGAAAUGCAUUGCCCCGGAAUUGUUUCAUGUGCUGAUAUAUUAGCCAUAGUAUCAAGGGACGUCGUGGUUGAGACCGGAGGAUCGUACUGGGAUGUUGAGUUAGGAAGGCGAGAUGGUUUUGUUACUUCGAAUACUGAAGCUCUAGCUAAUUUGCCACCACCAUUUUUCAACAUUUCCUCUUUGAUAAAUAGUUUCAACCAAAAAGGACUAACCAUAAAGGAUCUCGUAGUUUUAUCAGGAGCUCACACAAUAGGUGUAUCUCAUUGUUCGUCGUUCAAAAACCGUCUAUACAACUUCAACGGAGGAGGUGACAACUCUUUCGAUCCAACCAUGGAUCCCAAAUAUGUCGCUGCAUUAAGGAAGAAAUGCACCAAAAAUGGUCCUGACGUGAUUGUGGAAAUGGAUCCCAAAAGUUCCAACAAAUUCGAUAAUGAUUACUUCGAGACUGUGUCUAAGAAUAGAGGAUUAUUUCAAUCCGAUGCUGCAUUACUCGACGAUUACGCUACUCAAUAUUAUGUUGAAGCUCACAAAAAUGGUAAAAAUGAAAAGCAAUUCUUCGAAGAUUUUGGUGUAUCCAUGGUUGGAAUGGGUAGAAUUGAAAUUCUUACUGGUAAUGCUGGUCAAGUAAGGAAAGUUUGCUCAAAGAUUAACUACUAAUUAAAUGCACGUACGUACGUGACGUUUCGUGGUGGUCCGAAAUUCUCUUCAUAUUAAUUAAUUGAUUUGUUCAUUUGGUUAUACAAAUUAUUGCAUGAAUAAUUAAGAAGAUUAGUUAAGUGUAUGUUUGUGAGAUUUAAUAUUGGUAAUUUCAAGAACUUAUAAGUUCAAGUGAGAUUGAUCGAGCCGUCUCCAAGACUCCAACUGAAGAUCGAAGUAAUAUAUGGCUUUAACGGAGUAUAUGUAUGCUCAAAGAGUCAAAGCCACUUUCAUUUUUGCUAUAUACAUAGGUAAAAUGAUGAUCUUUCAUAAGAUCUCAAGAAAGUGUAUGUAGUUAAAAUAAUUUCCAUUACUUUGUCUUUGUUUUCAUGUAGUUGGAUGCUCUCUUUCUAUAUUAAUUAACUAUCAUUAUUUAUAAACAAAAUUAUUAUGGAGUAUAAUUUUUGUGUAAGCUAGAGUUUAGUUUUUGUUUUUAAUUUUUUUUAGUAAAUUUGAUUAAUUGCAAAAACGUCAUACAAUAUCUACAAAAGACAUUGACUUUAAAUGAAUCAAAUAAA